AUGUCGUGGUUCCUCUACAACGUCUCGUUUCCUCUCACAUAUCGCACCGGUCCCGCCGCCGCAGCCCUAAUCGCAAUCCUCUCCACAGACAUCCUCCUCGACGCCCGCUCAAUAGUCCACGCCCACGAUCCCUGGCCAGGCUGGACCCUCCUCCUCCGCCUCCUCCUCGGCGCCUCCCUCAUCGCAAUCUUCUGGGUCUACAUCGCCCUCGGCGACGUCUUUGCGCGCGGCUUCACGUACUGGGGUAUGCCCGACACCUACGGCCGUGUGCUGGCGUACAUGUUCCUCUGGGGCAUCGGGCUCUGGGAUUUGUUGUUUGUGGUACUGUGUCGGCAUUGGUUGGGCAAGGAGGUGAAGAGGUACGGGACGAAGGCGGGACGGGUGUUUGGGGACGGGAAUGGGAGGAGGGGAGGGAGGGGGAGGAUGUCGCCUGGUGGGAGCGCGUUGAGGCUGAGUAGUGCGGGUGGAGAGGCGCCUGGGCGGAUCGGGGUUGUUGACGUCGAGGCUGCGAGGCCUGUUGAUGAGGAGGGCGGCGGUGGUGUUGGUGCUGGGGGGAGGGUUGGGUUACCUGUAAGGAUGGGUGUGAGGAGGGUCAAGAACAGCGUGAGCGCGAGCGUCAACUCGGUGGCCAGCGGAACAGGGCCAGGGAAUGGGAUGGGAAACGAGGAUUCACCGCCGCCUCCGCCUGCGUUUAUGAGGCCUGCAUGA